AUGAGCGAGCUGCUGAAGCUGACCGGCGCCACCUCGUUCCCACUUUAUUCCUACACGUCGGCGCCCAGCGACAACAUCCAUCAUCCUGUGGUUGCCAUCAUCCUGCAGCCCGUCCCGGAGCAAACUGACGAGCAAAUUGCGCGGCACUACCGCAUGAUCGACGAGUUCCUCGCACAACUCCACAAAGACUUUGGCAGCAGCCACGAGACUAUGGCUGAUGAUGCUGAAUAUCGGGCUUUCUUCGCGGAUUUGCACAGGAUUCGAGAUGAGACCGAUUUGGACCUAUUGUAUAUGGAUGCAGAAGAUAUUACAGAGCAAUUUCCGAAUCUCAAUGCGCUCUACCUCGCAAACGAGCAUCACGUGAAGGAGGGUCUGGUGGUGAAGUGGCUAUUGGGGCAGAUGAAUACUCUUGGACACGGAUACGAGGAGAUUCGCAAGAAGCACCAGGCGACCUACCUCCCACUACCCGACUAUUGUGCAAGUCAGAUGAUACAGCUACACCCGCGGUGGGCAGACAUCGUUCUCCGCGAACACCUCUAUCCGGUUGAGCUGAUAGAGACCGUCUACCACAUCAAGGAAAGCCCGUGGGCCGACCCACCCACCCAGGAAAACGUCAGUCAAGCGCUAUCGAAUAUGCAAUUCGCCGUCGGCCAGGGCUGGACGUGGCCUCGUACCGAUGUCGAAAGCUAUUAUAAUUCGUACUACCCCGCCAAUGCCAAAAAUUGGUUCGAGUUUUUGCGGCAGAGAGGGACUUUUGUCGGCCCGAAGGAACUGAAGGAUCCUACUACCGAAUUUCAAGGCGAUACGAACGCCUCCAACGGGCUCGGCACUGUUUCUAUCAUGUGGGGUCUGCUAACCGCCCCGUUCUAUCAUCCGGAUGCCUCACUCGAGUUGCAGUACGGCGGGCUGGGCAUGAUCAUUGGUCACGAGCUGACACACACCAUCGAUCCGGGAGCCAUCGAAUUUAAACCGAGCGUCCUUGCCGGCGAGGAAGACAAGGGGCAAUUCAAGGAACAAGUCGAGUGUAUUGAGGAACAAUACGGAAACGCCGGCCUGCCAGAGAACACGGACUUCAGGCAACCUGGAGACAUAACUCGUGAUGAAGCUGUCGCCGACAAUGCCGGGCUUCGGGUGGCUUUGAGGGCCUAUCGUAAGGAGCGUAAGCGCCUAUACGGCAAACUGGAGCCAAAACUCCCUGGACUCGACGCCUACACCCCCGACCAGCUCUACUACGUCGCUGCCGCAAUGUUCCUCUGCGACAACAAUACCAAGGAUGCACUCGAGAAGUUAGAGACAGACGGGCACCCACCCGGCUAUAUUCGCCUUAACGAGAUGGUGAAGAACUCGAAGGAGUUUUCCCGCGUCUACAAGUGUCCGCUAAACUCGCCGAUGAACCCGCAGAAGAAGUGCUACACGUGGCGCCACAAGAAGAGGCAC